AUGCACGUGACUGUAUCCCAAUCCGCCGAACUGGCAAGGGCGACCCGGGGACAGCAGCAGGCAGGAACCACCGAGAGUGCCUUCAUCGAAUCAACUCCCGAGGUCCUUCCUUUCUUCUUGAAUCUUCAUCUUCAUCUUCAUCUUCACCUUCACCUUCACCUCCUCUUCCUCUUCUUACCGGCUCUCCCCCCCCCGGUCGCGCUCACCCUCACCCUCGCCCUCUCCCUCGUUCUCGCUCUCUCUCCCCCUUCCAGGAACCCACCGAAAAUCUUCGCGCGACCGAACACGUCCACCACCGGCCAACUCCACCUCCACGUCCGUUUCGCGUCCCUCCCCCCCCCAACCACCCCCAUCCCUACCACCGUGGCCCCCAUCCCAAAAAUUAUCCCCGCCAGUGGCCGACCGGGCGGGCAAUGGGGGAUGCCUCCUCUGUCGGCGUAUACUCCGUUUGAGUCCCUGCUCUUUUUCCAGUCUUUAGCAGCCUCCGAUGUGCGCCCGGCAAGCUUCACCUCCAUUUCAACCCUCCUGAGCAAUAAUCCGCAUGUGCGCCAGCAUGUCGCAUUCAGUGCCGAUCGUCUGAGCCCCGAGGCUCUAGAGGAUCUAUAUGCGACAUUAUUGCGCGAUGGUUUCGAUCGAGACAACGGUCCUAAUGCAUGGUCGACGGACACCUCGGGGUCCAGCAACCCCAAGAAGCGCAAGAUCUCGAGCCCGCGCCCAGAGAAUCUUCCGACCACAACCACCCAUGCUGUACUAGUUCCAGAGCUCGUCGCCCACCUGUACGCGGGGUACAAGGAACUCGUCACAAAAGAGAUCAAGGAGGACGAAAAGCGAUAUACUCAGAUCAAGGAUGAAAUCGACCGUCUCCAGAAAGAGGGCGACAAAGCCAUGGGACCGACCACUGCAACGCCCAUACCCACCGAAACUCCGCCUCAGCCGAUGGACAUCGACGUGAAGCAGGAAGUGUCACGGCAAGAGGAGUCUUUGAAGGCAGCUCUUCCGCAUAAAAGACCGCAGGAUGAGUCGCAUGAUGCGAGGGAAGUGGUAGGAAAAUCGCAGCCUGCCAAUGUCCAACCUAUUAGCAAUGCGACGGGAGAGGCGUUGAAAGAACCAGCCGCGCAAGACAAAGCCGCUCCGCCAGCACAACCGAGUGGUCCAAAACCUUCGCAGGUCCACGUUCCCCCACCACUCGCCCCUCGAACCCAACCGCCGAUUCCUGGAACACCCACAGCACCGCCACCUACUGCAUGGGCGCCGAACCAACCCCCACCCAGUCGAGCUUCCAGCAAUGGCAGCUUGACCCCCCCUCCUCACUCACCUUACUCCGCCGUCUCUCCUACCGCUACUUCUCAUAUUGGUCCCGCGGGUGCCAAGCAGCCUCAACCUUCCUCCCAGGUCACAUCGCGGAAACACUCCAAGACCUCUGUCUCCUCCAAUGUCCCAAGCACGCCAGGCGCAGUGACCUCAGAGGCGCAAACUCCUGUGCCAAUUGGAUAUCCACAGAUUUCGCAGACCCCGAGCGUGGUGAUUCCCCCGCACUCCGAAACUCGAGCCUCUCGCCCACGACUAUCUAUCGAUACUCCCGGCUCGUCUACUCCAUGGAAGCGGACUCCACGUUUAAGCAUCCCACACUCCCCGACAUCCCCAGCUCGCCCGCGGCCGGAAGAUGUUAGCCCGAUAAGUGAGAGGGGUUCAUCCCCCGAGGCGUUUAACACCUCACGCACACGGGAAAGGAAGACGAGACGAAGCCAGGCAGCCACUGCUGACCAGUCUACCCCCACCAUCAAAACCGAGCGACUAUCGGCCAAUCGAAGAAACCGUGCGAUUAGCUCAGCGUCUUCACAAAGCCGGGGGCGUUCUAUAGCCUCGCGCGAAGCGUCUCCAGCAGCGGACACGAGACGUGACUCUCGACCAGGACGCCGGAGUGGUGCUGCUCCGAGUGUCGACGAUUCAACCCCCAAGCUACGGUCGAAGCGCAAGCGCGGUCUCAGCGAAUCAUUCGAAGAGCCCAAGGUUGACACGUCUCGAUAUGUGGUGUGCACCCGAGGUUUCCAUCGAACCGCGGCUCCCAUCUUGAAUGAUGUAACUACUCAUAAGUUGGCCUCCAUUUUUGCCAAGCCACUCGGAGAACGCGACGCACCCGGCUAUCACGACCUGAUCUAUCGCCCGCAAGAUCUUAAAACCAUUAAGUCGGCCGUUCACCAAGGAAGCAAAGCCGUUGCCGCUGCAACCGAGGCUGUCAGCACUCCGGCUGGUGCAGGGGAUAGCGAAUCUCCGGCACCUGUCUCUGGAACGCCCACUAAGAACAAUGUCCUCAUGCUCCAAAAGAGCGAAGACCUCCUACCUCCGAAGGGUAUUGUUAACUCUGCCCAAUUGGAGAAGGAGUUUGUCCGGAUGUUCGCCAACGCAAUCAUGUACAAUCCGGUUCCGGAGCGAGGCUUCGGUCCUGGUUUCCCGAUGAUUAGCGAGCGUGGUUCUCGCGAGAGCACGCAGUCGAGUGACGGCGAAGAGGGCGGUAUCAUCCAAGACUCAAAGGACAUGUUCAAGGAUGUCGAGCAGGCCGUGACCCGAUGGCGUGCCGCCGAGCGCACGGCCGAUGAACUGGCAUACAAGAAUGUGCUUUCCUUGAGGCGAGGUAGUGCCAGCGACUUUAAUACGGACAGCGCGGAUGAUGCCAAGGGGUGA